AUUGAUUUGAGUUUUUUUGACCUGUCCAAAUUUGACCCCUGCCCAUUUACUCUCUCUUUGUUAUCAAAGGGCAAGCUACCGCUAUGUGCGGGUCCGGGGAAGAGCCGGACCACAAGGGUUUUUUCUAUGCAACCAUACCUUGUUACUCCAUGCAACUCAUGUGAGUUAAACUUGUUUAUAUUCCUGCAAUCGUAUCUGCAAUUCUGCUAAAAGUUCACGAGAAGCCUAGUCUCUACACUCUGCCUUAGUUGAAUGAUGAAGAAUUUUAUUCAAUACAUUAAAGUUUGUAACACAACCUAUAUUGAGCUGGCAAUUCAGUUCCUCCAAAAUAUAAGUAGGAUGCAUCUGGCUUUUGUAGUUUCUCACUGUCCACAUUACUAAACACAAACCAAAUUGACACUACUUUUUUUUUUUGUAUCUAUAUGCCAUUUCUUGUAUGUUCUAUUUCAGAGUGAAAUUAUUGUUCUCAAUUUGGAUACGGCUUCUUAACAACAACUUAAUAAGCACAACAAAAGAGGAAAAAACAGCAAGACAAAUUAAAAGCACUUCAACACCGCUAGCUGUUUUCGUCAGCAAAAAUCUGUGUAGCAAACCCAUUUUUCAACAUAAAAUUUUGUCCAAUUCAUACUAAAUGUCCUAGGGGAAUAUGUUGUAGGUCCUACGUUCUUAGGAUUGAAAUGAAAAAAUGGAAUAAAGAAAACUUGCACCGAACAAAUGAAUUUAAUUUGUAUAUAUCUAGUUAGGGAGUAAAGAUGUUGUUAAAUAAAUGUACCAGCUACCCGACAAUUUGUCAUAUAUAUCAAUCAUAAUAUAUUUCUGGUGGUUAGAUUGUUGUUAUUAAAAUAAAAUCACAUAAAAAUCAAAUGAUAAAAAAGUAACUGGAAGUGACGCACGAAGCUUUUUAUGCGGUUUGGACAAACAUACCUUUUGUCAAAUUUGAUAGGUCGUGUAAAAAAAAAUAAUGUUUGAUAAAAUUAUACAUUAUUUAUUUAUUAAACAAUAAGUUCUAGUGAUAAAAGAAAGUAACUUUAUUAUAAGUUCAAUUCUUCCUUUCCUUUUUUUUUUUUCUCCCUUGUGUUAUUAAUAUAGAACAAAUCAUUUCUAGCGUUAAUUACGAAAUGUUCAAUAUUCUCUGAAGAGAAUUCAAUUCUAUUCCAUGACAUAGAUAUAUACAUGUAUACAUAUAUAGAAAUUUGUCGUGAAAAUAUCUUCAAUUCGCUUGCUUUAGAUCUCCACUGAUAAUUUAUGUGCCAAUACUAUAAGCCAUGAACACCAUUCAUUCGAUCAUUAUGCAACGCUCUAAAUCUUUCAUUAAAUUUACAACUAAACAAAAUAAGAUCGUAAAAAUGAAUAAUAAUUUUUCUCUUCAUUUUCAUGUCUUUCUAUGUCAGUCCAUUAGUUCUCGUUAAGUUUUGAAGUAUAUUUAAUUAAUUUUCUAUAAGUUAAAUGAGUAAAAUAAUACAACUAUAUGCUAGUUUUAUUAAAUUAAAGUGGCAUAUAUGGUAAUCGAUCCUACGUGAGUCUCCGAAAAAUUGGUACUGCCUUAAGAUCUUCAAUAAUAAUAGUUUCUUUUCAUACAAAUUUAGAAAGAAAAAAAAAGGUUUGUAAGACAGAAUUACAUUGAUCGCAAGUCAUAUCUAUGUUUUGGAAAAAUAUAUAUUUCCAUUAGCCUCCCGAAAAUGAUGCUAAAGAACAGAAUAUUUCUAUGGUCAUUGGAUUCAGGGAAUUAAGCUGAGAAAAAAGCAAGAGGGAGAAACAUAAAAUUUAAUUAGAAGAGAAGAAAAAAAAAAGAGCUGCACAUACCUCGUUUCUCCCAUUUCAUUUUCUUUCUCCAAGUCCCAAUAUUUCUCAACGUUAACACAGCCAUCGUUGUCAAUAAUUCAAGAGAAAAAAACGUACUUUUAGCCUUACGAUUCAUGGGUCCAAGUAAGCUUAGAAAGGCAAUAGGGGCAGUGAAGGACCAAACUAGCAUAAGUUUGGCCAAAGUAGGUAGCAGCGCCUCCUUAUCUGAUCUUGAAGUCGCCAUCGUAAAGGCGACGCGACACGAUGAGUACCCACCGGAGGAGAGACAUAUAAGGGAAAUUCUAAGCUUGACUUCUUAUUCUCGAGCCUAUGUUGGUGCAUGUGUUGGUUUCCUUGCCAGACGCCUUAGCAAGACCAAGAAUUGGAUUGUGGCUCUUAAGGCACUCAUGUUGAUCCAUAGGCUGUUGUGCGAUGGGGAUUCAUCCUUUGAGGAAGAGAUUUUCUUUGCCACAAGACGAGGGACAAGGCUUCUUAACAUGUCUGAUUUUCGUGACUCGAGAUCUAACUCAUGGGAUGGUUCUGCAUUUGUACGGUCGUAUGCUUUAUACCUUGAUGAACACUUGGAAUUCAGGAUGCAGAACCGCAGGGGAAAACGCAGUGCAUUUGCGUACAGCGAUGAUGAAGAGGAGGUUCGUCAUAAUGCAAGGGGAGCGAAAGCCACUCCGUUGAGGGAAAUGAAAGAUGAUCGUGUUUUCUCAAGGAUUCAUCAUCUCAUGCAGCUCCUCGAGAGAUUUUUAGCCUGCCGACCUGCAGGUACGGCAAAGAACAACAGAGUCGUGAUUGUGGCUCUAUAUCCAUUAGUGAAGGAAAGUUUCCAGCUAUAUUAUGACUUAACAGAAAUCACGACUAUGAUGUUUGAUAAGUUCAUAGAACUGUCAAUUCCAGACUCUAUAAAGGUUCUUGAGAUAUUCUUCAGACUUAACAAACAAUAUGAGGAGAUCGAGCAGUUCUAUGAUUGGGGUAAAGCGGUUGGAGUAACACGCACUACUGAAUAUCCAGAUAUUGAGAUCAUUCCACCAAAGAAACUCGAGCGUAUGGAUGACAUAAUACGGGAAAAGUCCUUCAGGGAACAGACCAGGAAGGCAAUGCGGAAUGAACCAACUACUGAGAACGUUCAAGAAACUGAAAUGCAGGAACCAGAAACUGAACCGGAAGAGGACAUGAAUGCCAUUAAGGCAUUACCAGCACCAGAGGUCUUCCCCGAAGAAAAGACACAGGAAGAGGAAAAGAAAGAGGAGGUGAAAACCCAAGAAGUAGGAGACUUGUUAAACUUGAGUGAAGAUGUUCCAACUUCCGAAGAACAUGGAGAUCAACUAGCAUUAGCAUUGUUUGAUGGUGGUCAAGCGGCGACCAAUCCUGCAACAAGCAUUUCGCCAUGGCAAGCAUUCAACGAUUCAGGAGAUUGGGAGACAGCACUGGUUCAGUCUGCGAGUCAUUUGUCAAACCAGAAGGCCUCCCUCCCUGGAGGCUUUGACACAUUAAUGCUCAAUGGCAUGUACCAACAAGGAGCAGUUGCUCAGGCAGUAGCCUGCUCAGGUGUUGUGGCUACUGGAAGUGCAAGCAGCGUAGCACUUGGCUCAGCAGGACGGCCGGCAAUGCUAGCAUUGCCUGCACCUCCAACUGCAAAUGGUGGAGCUAAUACAGCCGCACCAGGCACAGAUCCUUUUGCAGCUUCACUGGCAAUAGCUCCACCAGCAUACGUUCAGAUGUCCGAGAUGGAGAAGAAACAGAAACUACUAACAGAAGAGCAGUUAAUGUGGCAGGAGUAUCAGAAAAAUGGAAUGCAAGGACAGGUAGGAUUUCCCCAGGUGCAGCCAUACCCUUACCCAUAUAACAUUGGUGGUUACAGGCAAACCUUCUAAAGCUUUCACUAACAAGAUACACAACAUUGUAAUGUCAUUUUUCCUGUGGUCAGUCGUAUCUCAGUAAUAAGAUAAGUCAUGAAAUUGUACAGAAAGAAACUGGCAUCUGGAAGAAGAGCUAUGCAAGUUCACAUCUAACCAAUGCCUGCAUUGCCAGCUUUCUGAGAAAGUCAGCUUAGCUACAAUAUUGAAGUAUGAGAAUUGCAAAACUACAUGUAGACAAGCUCCGUUAUCAGUGUACAGAAUGUAACAUUUUUUCAAAACAAAUUGCUAGUGGAGUCUUAUUCUUUCUA